UUUUCUUUUUAUUUCUAGUUAGCCACUAUACGGAACUCUGUCUGUAUAGGGGCUUAGAAUGGACCGAACAACUCGUGAUCCACCUCGUCGCAGAGUGGCACAAGCUUGCUCAACAUGCAGGGGUCGCAAAAUAAGAUGUGAUGCUGGAGUGCCAAAAUGCAGUCUGUGUGUUGAUCUUAAUGUGGACUGUGUAUAUCUCGACUCGCAAUACUCUAAAAUUGAUGCUGGCACACGUGUCGUUUUGGAAAGAAUCCAACGUCUGGAAGACCGUCUCUUCUCAUCGUCUCCAUUUUCCGUGGCGGACACUUCGGUAGAGCCAGAGCAGCCUAACAGCUUCGAGCAUGGUCACAACGAUACUCAGCUAACGCUUCCGGUAAGCCAUGAAGCUAAUGCUGAUCAUGUCUACCGCUGGCCAAUCGUUCAAGAAAUCUUAGAUCGGGGUCUACCCGAAACUGAAAAUGCAGAACGGCUAUCUACAUUUCCAAAGUUGUAUGAUGUGACAGACAUAUUUCUGGUAGAACCUUCGCGGCACAGCUCAGAUAUUGGCAUCGAGUCAUGGCACCUUUUUGACGAUGAAAGUCUUCAAUAUUUCAGGCGUCAGCCUCGGAUUGGUUCCAAUGAUUUUUGGGAUAUCCUACCCGAAUACGAAAACUUGAUUAGUGCUUUCUUUGCUAAUAUCCAUGCUUUCUAUCCGAUUAUUCGUCAAGAGCAGGUAUAUAAAACUUUACACACGGUCUUUAGUUCCGAGGUCGACCAGCACGGUUUGCAAGACGAUGAGAGACAGUCGCAAUAUUGCGUACUGUUGAUGGUUCUCUGUCUUGGAGCCCUCGCAGCUUCUGGAAAUGUCCUGCUUCCCAAGAUGCCUCUCCAACCAGAUAACUCCCCUCAAGUUUUGUGGGAGAGAAGACAAGAUAAUCCGGCAAACGACAACCAAGUGGGAAUAGAGUUCAGUAAUAGUCUAGAGGAUCGGCUUUGGAAGAAAGCCCAGCUUCUCCUCGGAUCUGUCUCGCUUGAUGACAGUCUCGAAGCAGGCCAGUGCUUUACACUUGCAAGUGUAUAUCUAGGAGCAAAGGGCCGACCAGUCGACUCUGAUCAUAAUAUACAUGUAGCAGCGAGGAAAUGCAAGCUCAUCGCAAGAAGGGAAACCCUCAUUCACAAAGAAUAUCCUGAAUUCUCUGACCCAUUUCGACGCCUCUUUUGGGUCGUGUAUGUCAAUGAGAGCGACUUUGCAUCGGAAUUCUCUCUCACGCCGCCAUCAGGGAUGACUCUCUUUGAAGAUAUUGUCCCCUACCCAUCUCCAGACGACACUGACUCCGAGAUGGAUUAUGAUAUAGGCCUUAACAAAACUCUAAUGUCGACUUCACUUCCAGAUCCAGGACCUUAUGAUAAUUUCGCUGCCUUCCAGGUCAGCACCAGUUCAGCAAUUCGGCGAUUCAUCAAUCGAGCUACUGCAGUCUUAUACAGCCCACAUGAAGUGCGGCGAAAGGAAAACCAUACUACUUACAUUAUGAGGCUGCACAGGCUAGUCUCUGAGCUACGAUCUCACCACGAAGCUAUACACAAGAAUCUGCCUUCGUUUCUGCUGUCGACCGACCCUAGUGAUUUCUGGCCACAGAUAAAUCCUGGGAAAUCAACAUCGACAGACACGCUAGACCGUACCCGCUUCUCGAACCAUUUGUGGAAUGUUGCACGGCUUAGGGGUAGAUAUUUCGCAGGACUGUACAUCAUAAAUCGCCCUCUGUUGGAAAACGUGCUACUUAAUCCGCACCUAAUCGAUCUUCACCCUAGCAAGACCGCAGUGCUUGAUUGCUGCAGGGACUGCCUAGUAGGCUGCUCUGGGUUUAUAAAGACCUUUUUCAACGAACCAGCGAACUGUCUAACCAACUUAUUUGCAACGGGAAUGGCGACAUUUACUAUGGUUAUUAUUCUCAUGGUCGCGACUACAGCUCCGGCAUUUCGUCUCCUUCUACCACCUGAUAUUGACAGUGUUAUUGCCAUGGGAAGGCAAAAUAUGCGCCGCUUCAGCGCCUGUGUUAAGGAGUUCGAAUGGCACAAUGUUGAACUCGAGAAAGUUGACCGAGGGCGGCAUAAAAUUAACCGUACGGGUUCGUGAGGGAUGGUAUGGGUGUGGGUUGUUGUUAUUAUAAUACGGCAGCUAUUGCAGACUAUAAUGAAUAAUGAGUCUAACGCCUAUAAACAACUUAACUCUUAGUAUAAAGAGUCUAAAUGAUGCAAAUGUAUAUUAAUAAUGCAAUUAAGUAGGAAC